CUCCAGUCAGGUUUUCACCGAGCAUCCCGGAAGAAUGACGAAUAUGAACAAUCAUUUCACAGCGUCUGACAAAUCCGCUCCUGUUCAGACUGUGAUAGACUCAUCUCCCUCCGCUCUCUGUUCCUGUCUCGCCAAAAACUUCGCAGAGACUAUUAGAAAAAAUGAAUGUAUUUUACCGCCACGGGCUCAGUAAAAACACGGUUGUUUUCGUUUUUGUGUUGAGCGCCGCUCGUUGCUGUCAAGCGUAUAACUUGGAUGUGAGGUUUCCAGUCGUCAAAGAGGGAAAAACAGUUGGCAGUUUGUUUGGAUUUUCUGUUGCACUUCACGAGCAGGUCGUCGGAGAGAAGAGACACCUACUUCUUGUAGGAGCACCGAAGGAGAAAGCAGAGUCUGGAUUGUUAGCCAAUGAGACUGGAGAUGUAUAUGCCUGUCAGAUCACUGCAGACCCCAAAGACUGCAAAAGACUGAAUCUUCUCACCUCAAAUUCUGAAGACGCUUCAAACCUUAAUCGUAAUGUAAUAGAAGGGAUGUGGCUUGGUGUGUCGAUAGCCAGUCAGAGUCAACCAGGGGGCCGAAUACUGGCCUGUGGUCAUCGUUAUAUACGGAACUUUUCAAACAACUUUCGCAUGAUUGGGAUGUGCUUUGUUCGUGGAAAUGAUUUAAAGUAUAACAGCGCAGACUCUCAGUGGCAGUCGUACGAUGAGGUGUGUGACCCCAGAGAUGAUCAGACUAGUGAAGGCAUGUGUCUUGCUGGAAUGUCUGCCGCCAUUACUCAGACACAGAUCUUCUUCGGUGCACCUGGAUGCUUUAACUGGGAAGGAAAUACAUUUUCUCACUGGCAUAACCCUGCUGAUGAGUUUGAUAAAUUUAAGAGCAAGCUUCAGGACAUGAACAAAGGGAAUAUUUACAUUGGUUACUCUGUGGCUGUGGAUCAAGGUGUACUAAGCAAAGACAGAGACACAAUGGUAACAGGAGCUCCAAGAGAUGAAGCCAAAGGAUCAGUGAUGAUGGCUGAAUUUUUUAAUAGUCAUGACAGUGAAAAAGUCACCAUAAAAGUCACCAUCAUGGGGAAACAAGUCGGAUCCUAUUUUGGCAACAGCAUUGCUGUUGUGGACCUUAACAAUGAUGGUUGGAAGGAUCUGAUUGUUGGAGCCCCUUUCUAUUUUGACCGGAAAAAUGAUAAAGGUGGAGCAGUGUAUAUCUAUAUGAACCAGAACGGGUCUUUUCGCGACAAAUCUGACGUAGUCCUCACUGGGCCUAAGGACUCAGCUUUUGGCAUGGCUGUUGUUGCUAUUGGUGAUGUGAACCAGGACGGCUUCCAAGAUUUUGCUGUUGGUGCUCCAUAUUAUAAUACAGGCAGAGUAUAUAUAUGGAUGGGCAGCGAAAUAGGUAUUUCCGAAGCGCCUAGUCAGGUCAUUGAAGGAAAAGACAUCCCAGGUGCUGGGUUUCAGACAUUUGGCUAUUCCAUCAGUGGGGGCAUGGAUGUGGACAGAAACAGUUACCCAGACAUAGCGGUCGGAUCGUUAGAUGAUCGUGUGGUCUUGCUUAGGGCACGUCCUGUGAUUCACCUAAAGAAUACCUUCACUGUGACACCAGCAGUUAUCAACCCUCAAACCUGUGAUGCCUGUAUUGAAGCAAAGGUCUGUUUCUCCUACACAUUCAGCACUGGCACUGGCAAUUCCCAGAAGAGUUUUAUUUUUCAAUAUACGGUGGAAGCCGAUCUGCAUUCUCGGAACACUCGUGUUAGUUUCCUUGACAAGGAGUCAAAAAGUGGCAAAAUGUCCGUUAAUCCGUCUGGAGAUUGUCGUUCUCUGAAACUUAAGCUGGAGCCCGAUAUGAUCCAAAACAAGGUGGCUCCGAUAGUUUUCUCGCUGAACGUGUCUUUGGUGGAACCUCCUCCCUCAGGCGGGCAAACGUUGGAGGACCUCAGUGCUUUUCCUGUGAUCAGCCAAAGAUACGCUCUGACUACCAGAACUGAGAUCCACAUACAGAAAGAAUGUGGAGAAGAUAACAAAUGUGAGAGCAACCUUCAGAUGACGGCUAUGUUCACAGAUGAGCAGAACACAUUGUUCCCCAUGCGAAACGGCCAGCAGAUGUUCCACUACACUACCGACGUGAAGAAGCUGAAGUUGAUGGUGAAUGUGUCCAACGUUGAAUCACAGAACAGGAAAGCAGAAGACGCUUACACAGCUGUUCUAAAUGUCACCAUUCCCUCCUCACUCAGCUACGUCAGCCUGAAUUCCAAGAGCUUGAAAGUUGAAUGUAACCACGAGGACACUUAUCUUCGGUGUAAACUGGGGGACCCCUUCAAACGAAAUCAGAGAGUGGAGAUUGAGAUCACCUUUGAAACGAGAGGAAUCACAAUAGACACGCAGGAGAUUCAGACUGAACUGCAGCUCUCAACGUCGAGCGAGCAGAAUGAUCUACAACCCCUGUUGAGAGUGCUAAUGGUGGAUUACAUCCUACAGCCCAUCUUUAAUAUUCCUUUCCCCAACUUUAGGACAGAAUUCAGUGGCAAUGUAAUUGGAGAAUCAGCCAUGAAAAGUACCAGUGAAAUUGGAAGCCCAGUGGAAUUCAACAUCAUAGUGGAUCUUUCUGGAAAAUCUCUGGGAAAUCUGGGGUUUCUGGAAGUGGUCUUUCAGUGGCCUUCUGCGGUGGCUAAUAAUAAGUGGCUGCUUUACCUGUCAGAGAUUCAGAUGACAGGAACGUCCGAGCCCUUCUGUGUCCCUAAAAAUAACACCGUAAACCCCCUUAAUCUCACAGUGUCAGAGCGCAAGUCUGGGAGGAGGAAAAGAGAUGAGGACUCCUUGGAGCCUGAACAGACUGAACCGCAGGCCUUCCCGAACACGCGGGCCCUCCAGAGCAGAGAACUUGUAAACCUGGACUGUUCCAAUGGUGCUGCCCGCUGUCAGACAUUCACCUGCCCGUUGCUUGGCAUGAACAUCUCGGCCAAUCUCACUGUCAGAGCGCGCGUAUGGAACAGCACGAUGCUUGAGGACUACAAUGCUCUACGUGUUGUUGUGUUGGGUAGUGCCACACUGAUUCUAAAAACAGACAAACCAACCAUCAAGAUGAACAAUAACACCCGUGAGUUUAGAGUAUUUAUAGACCCUGCAAUGUCAGAAGAGCUUCCGUAUGAAGCGCCUCUGUGGAUAAUCAUUGUGUCUGUGCUGGCUGGAGUGAUUCUGCUGGGUCUGAUUGUCAUUUUACUGUGGAAAUGUGGUUUCUUCAAGAGAGCCAACACCAGAGAGCUUUAUGAGGCCAAGGCCCAGAAAGCAGAAAUGAAAACACAGCCAUCAGAAAAUGACCGGCUUACAGAGGAGGACUGAGAUUCCCUGGCCUUUGUGGGCCUGUGACACAAAUAGCAAAGUGGGUUUUUUAAGCGGGCUGCCUACUUCCGAACUAUGCCAAAAUACCAAGGUGUGAAGAUUUGUAAGAAGGAACAGUACCAGGUAAACCAGGGCUUUUUGAUUGUGGAACAACAAAACAACAAGAAACACUGGAUCACAAACUGGACUGAGAAGAAACCGUACUACUGAUGAAUGCACUGUCAAACUGUCUCUCUUAGACAGUGGAAUGGACGUUUACAGAUAUUUAUUAUCUGAAUCAAUGCAACUGACUACCUGAUUGGAUUGGAACUUCAUAUGGAUAUCAGAUAUAAUUGAACAUGUUCAUUCAACUGCCUGAUAUUAAUUGAUUAUACAGAAGACUCUGUGUGAGAUUUCUGUUUUGAUGUUUAUUUUGUUAUUGUUUUUCAACUGAAUACAUGUAUUAUGUAUGCUGGAGAGCUCAACAAUGAGGAUUUCUACUGGCUCAGCAGUUAAGAUUAGUCCCCACCACAAAGGAAUGAUCAAUUUUGACAAAAAGAUAAUAUUGUUGUUCCAAAUUCUGCUGAACUGUCACAAAUCCAAACCCUUAAAAGGUUAGUUCACCCCAAAAUGAAAGUUCUAUCAUGUCGUUCCACACCUGUAAGACCUUCGUUCAUCUUCAGAACACAAAUUAAGAUAUUUUUGAUGAAA